AUGCUCAUGCUGGCAACUUUGAGGAAAUUGUCCGUCGAGAUCAAUAGUAUUGUUAGCAAUAACGAUGAGAUCAUUGGAGAUUUCUUAGUUUUCGACUCGCUACGGCCGCUAGAUACCGGCUUAUUUGGCACACCGAGACAACUGAAGCAGAACAUUGCUCGUUUGACGAAAGUCAUCAAUAACGCAGUUGAAAAGAUUGCCGCAGAAGGAUCAAAGGAAGAUCUACCAAUCCAAGAUGCUGCUUUGAAGGAUCUUGUAUCGCCGAUUAUCUCACUAGAGCUGUUGAUCAAGAUGGCAAGAAGCUUCCAGAGAAGUAUCGAAAGACUUCUCCAAGAACUCAUCGACUACGGCGUGACGAACGACACCGAGUGGACACCCGAUCUUGCGAACUCCCUCCCCUUCCUUGGUAUCCUAAUCAAAGAAGUACAACGGAAACACAAUCCCUCUUACCAACCCGGCAGGACAGCACUUGCGGAUGUCAUCCUCCCCGGCGGCUACAGAAUCCCCAAAGAUUCGGUGAUGAUUAUCUCCAUUCCACAUAUCCACAAUGAUCCUACGAUCUGGGACGAUCCCGCGAAAUCCGACCCCGAUCGAUGGAACACGGACAAAGCGAAGAACAGACACAAGGCUGCUUAUGUACCGUUUGCCGCGGGGCCGCGAAUGUGCAUCGGGUUCAACUUCGCGUUGGAGGAGGUCAGGGUCAUUAUUUCGAUGUUGAUUUAUAGGUAUCAAUUUGAGAAAGUGGGACAGGAUCCGGUGGAUUAUGAUCCUGCGUUUCAGUUGAUUAGGCCGGUGAACUUCUACGUGAGGGCGAAGAAGAGGACGAGCUGGCCCGGAAAGUCUAAGGGAGUGAUGACGUGA